AAGAAAAAAUUCUGCGUUCCUUCUUUUUUUUUUUAAAAAAAAAAUAGAUGUUUGCCUUACAUUUCUUCCUAUUGAGAAUUGAACUGGAAACGCUUAAAGCCUGGAUUGCCAUUGUAUUUCUUCUUUUAUUUUCUUAUAGAAAAGCCAAGAAAAUGGGAAAUUGACAAAAGAUGGUCCUUUCUUAAAUAAAUGUGGAUAUGAAACCUGAACUGACGUUUAAAACAACACCGUAGAAAUCAAUUAACUUUCAAUAUUAUGAAAUAUGUUUCAUUUUUUUUGGAUCGUAUAUCCCGUUGCAUAGUACGAAUCUAUGUUUAGGUUUUUCAACUUCAUUAAGUAUCAUAAGGAUCAGGUGAAAAGUGAAAAAAAAAAGGGUUACAUCGAUUCGACCCGACACGACACAAACCAUCAGCCGCCUAACGCCUUGUAUUUAAGGUUCCAAACCAUUUUUAAAAACGCAGCAAUCUUCGCUCCCUCGGCUUCCAACUGUCUUUCCAUUCUGUUUUUUGGGGAACGUCUUCGGUUCAUAACUUGAUUUUUCGAAUCCAAUCUUCUUUGGUCGAAAAAUAUUCCAACAACCUGUGUGAAAACUGGAUUUCUAUCUGUUACAGGUCAAGGUGCUUUGAUUUUUGGCUAUUAGAGAAGGGUUUCAUCACUUUCUAAGGUGUGAAAGGAAAAAUUUUCCUUUACAUUGAUUGUGAAGUUUGAUAUUUUAUUAGGAUUAGCCCGACUAUUGAUCGAACAAUCUACUGAUUUAUCACUGCAACAGAGUAUAUAUUGAAGUGAAAGUGUAACACUUGGGUAUUUCAGUAUUUUUUGUUUGACAAGGAGAAACACCCAAUAGGGCAAGCAUAUUUAGGAUCUUUUGAUUGGUUAGACACUUGAGAUUGCAAGUCCAAAUGGUUUAGAUUGUGCUCAUUUGAAUCAGCCUUUGUUUGUUAGAUGUUGGUUCAUACGCUAAAGAGCUUCUUAAGUAACCAGCUAACAAUCAAACAGGCGAAACAAAUUCAUGCCCAAAUCCUUAUUAGCAGUCUUAACCACCUUCAGCCCCUCUUUGUUCAUCGGUUUCUUCUGUCAACUAGUAACUACUCUACAAUUGCUUACCUAUAUGUGCAACAAAUCCUUUAUCAUUUGCAAAAGCCAGAUGCUUUUUCGUGGGGUUGCACAGUAAGGUUUUUAUCCCAGCAUGGGCAGUUUGAAGAAGCUUUUUCUCUUUAUGUUAAAAUGCAGAAGCUAGGGUUGUACCCUACCACACAUGCUAUAUCAUCUGCUUUAAGAUCGUGUGCUAGGACUGGGGGUAAAAUGGGUGGAAUUUCAAUCCAUGCUCAGGUUCAUAGAUAUGGGGUUUGCAACUGUGUUUUUGUGCAAACAGCUCUUGUGGAUUUGUAUACGAAACUGGCUGAUAUGGAUACAGCAAAAAGGGUUUUUGAUGAGAUGCCUGAGAAAAAUGUGGUCUCAUGGAAUUCAAUUUUAUCUGGGCAUUUGAAGGCUGGGAAUUUAUUAGAGGCUCGGAGGGUUUUGGAUGAGAUUCCAAAGAAAAAUGCUAUAUCUUGGAAUACAAUUUUAUCAGGGUAUGCAAAAAUGGGAAAUAUGGAUCAGAUGCUUUUAUUUUUUCAGCAGAUGCCUGAGAAAAACUUGGCUUCUUGGAAUACUCUGAUUAGUGGUUAUGUGGAACAUGGAGAAAUAGAAUCAGCUCGGAGCUUUUUUGACAUGAUGCAUCAAAGAAAUAAUGUUACUUGGAUCAUAAUGAUUGCUGGGUACUCUAAAUGUGGGGAUGUCAAAUCUGCUCGUGAACUCUUUGAUAAAAUGCGUAAGAAAGAUCUUUUAGCCUUUAAUGCCAUGAUAUCUUGCUAUGCUCAAAACAGCCAAGCAAAGGAAGCCCUAAAGUUGUUUGACGAGAUGCUUACAGCAGGUGUUGGUAUCCAGCCAGAUGGAGUAACUUUGGCAAGUGUUAUAUCUGCUUGUUCACAACUAGGAGAGUUGAGAUUUGGUUCAUGGAUUGAGUCAUACAUAAAUAAGCUUGGAAUUCAAAUGGAUGAUCAUAUGGCUACAGCUUUAAUUGAUUUAUAUGCAAAGUGUGGGAAUAUUGAUAAGGCUUAUAGCCUCUUUCAUGGUCUGAGAAAGAAGGAUGUGGUUGCAUACAGUGCAAUGAUAUUGGGAUGUGCCAUCAAUGGUAAGGCUGUUGAUGCCAUCACGUUGUUCCAAAGAAUGGUGGAUGCACAUAUUCAACCAAACUUGGCUACCUUCUCCGGGUUAUUAACUGCCUAUAAUCAUACUGGCCUGGUUGAAGAGGGCUACCAGUGCUUUAAUUCUAUGAAGGACAACGGAGUUGUGCCUUCAACUGAUCACUAUGCGAUCAUGGUUGGUCUUUUGGGCAGGGCAGGGAGAUUGGAAGAUGCAUAUAAGCUUAUAAAGAGCAUGCCGAUGAAGCCUCAUACUGGAGUUUGGGGAGCUUUGCUUCUUGCAUGUAGCUUACAUGACAAUGUUGAGUUUGGAGAGAUUGCAGCUCAGCAUUGCUUUGAGUUGGAGCCUGGUACAGCCGGUUAUUAUUCUCUCCUUGCCAAUAUUUAUGCUUCGGUUGGGAGGUGGAGUGAUGCCACAAGAUUGAGAAAGAAUAUGGAAAGGAAGAAGCUGGCCAAGGUACCUGGCUGUAGCUGGACAGAAUCAGCUUGAUUUUUCCACCAUUGACAGGAGCAGCCAUUUACUGCUAGCUUAGGGGCCACCAAACUCAGAAUAUGGCUUGGGGGUGGCAAGUUGAUACUGAAUGUGCAGCUCCAGGCUUCAACAAAGUGCAUUGAGUACUGCAUAAUUUGGUGGCCUGUGUAGCAGUUCAGAUUUUAAGGUUACUGAAUCAUCAUGGUCAGUGCGACUAAAGGACUGUUCAUUUCCUGGUAAGAUAGAUAUUAAUACUAUACUACUAUAUUUUAAGGUUUCAAUGUUCAAUUCUUGUUUCUUUUUGCCCCCUCUACUUUUAAAUGGCAACUUCAGCUUCACUUUGAACAUAACUAUGAGAACUGUGCUGUUUCUAAAGGCCAUGAUUCGGUGCUAGGAAUCAUACGAGUAUAUCGAUGGAUCUAAUGGAGGGUAAAACUAUCCUGUCUAAAGUUAAUUGCAUGGCAUUUGACACUUGGUCAUUACUCAUUGAUGAAAAUAAUCGAAAGAACUUGAUUGGCCGUCAGUUUAAACGUUUAAAAUAGUUGCAUGGUAAAGCCCUUGUUUGUUUCUCAUCAUUGCCCUUUUCUCUGACUUCCUUAUUGUAGCUAAAGGAUUCUGCUCCAUUACAUUUUACAGUGACAUUUCCACGGCACAAUUCAUCGUCAAUUUGAAUGCUUCAUUGCCAGCAUCGCAGAAGUUCAUUACAUGUCUUAGAUAACACUCAUUCUUUCGUGUAACCUGACGUGGCUGAGAUUACGAACCGUAUCUCAUUUCAGAGACCAGAAUUCCUAUGAGAAACCAUCUUGAGCUUCAUAUCCCUUCCUUUUCCUGUUAUACAUUUCUUCUUUAAAGGAGUUAAGAC